AGGGGCGGGUAGGGACUCCUCCUCCACCACUCCUCCUCCUCCUCCUCCUCCUCCUCCGACUCGUCGGUCUGGAAGCGCCAGCGCUGGUGCAAGUCCUGGCCGAGCGCAGAGCUGUCAGCCCCGAGCCCGGAGCCCCGAAGAGAAUGAAGCGGCCCCUCCUCCGCGGCGUGCGAGCGGCCGGAGCUGGCGGCGCCCACGAGCUGGGCUGCUGAGACGCCACCGAAGGGAACACAAACCCUCCCGCCGGGGACUGAGGAGACUGGAGAAGACAGAGGAGAGGCUGAUGGGCUCAGUGGGCAGACUCCAUUAUCUCACCAUGACUGCUGAAAACCCAAUGCCUGGGGACCUGGCGCUGGCCCCCCUUGUCACCUGCAAACUCUGCCUGUGCGAGCAGUCGCCGGACAAGAUGACCAUACUCCAGGAAUGCCGCUGCAUCUUCUGCACAGCUUGCCUGAAGCAAUAUAUGCAGCUUGCAAUCCGAGAAGGCUGUGGGUCUCCCAUCACUUGCCCUGAUGUGGUGUGCCUGAACCAUGGAACCCUGCAGGAAGCUGAGAUUGCCUGCUUGGUGCCCGUGGAUCAGUUUCAGCUUUAUCAGCGGUUAAAAUUUGAACGAGAAGUUCACUUGGACCCCUACCGGACAUGGUGCCCUGUUGCAGACUGUCAGACUGUAUGCCCUGUAGCAUCCAGUGACCCAGAUCAGCCUGUGCUGGUGGAAUGCCCUUCCUGCCAUCUGAAAUUCUGCUCAUGUUGCAAGGAUGCUUGGCAUGCAGAUGUUGCCUGUAGAGACAGUCAACCUGUUGUCCUGCCAGCAGAGCAUGGAGCCCUCUUUGGAACAGACGCGGAGGCCCCCAUUAAGCAAUGCCCAGUCUGCCGGGUUUAUAUCGAACGCAACGAAGGCUGUGCUCAGAUGAUGUGCAAGAACUGCAAGCACACCUUUUGUUGGUACUGCCUCCAGAACCUGGAUAAUGACAUUUUCCUCAGGCAUUAUGACAAAGGACCCUGCAGGAAUAAACUCGGUCACUCGAGAGCAUCAGUGAUGUGGAACCGAACACAGGUGGUGGGGAUUCUUGUGGGAUUGGGCAUCAUUGCCUUGGUGACUUCCCCCUUGUUACUCCUGGCCUCCCCGUGUAUAAUCUGCUGUGUCUGCAAGUCCUGUCGGGGCAAGAAGAAAAAGCAUGAUCCGGCUACCACUUAAGGAUUCCCUCCCCUUUGGCCAUCCAUGUGCCGCAGAUGUCUGGGUUCUAAGAGACAGCACAGGGUGUUACAGCCCCCUUUGGUGGCCUUGCCUCCUUCUCCUUGCCAAACUUUGGAAGUGCCUCUGUGUCCAGACUUUGAACUUGCCUGCCAGCCUUCGACAUUAAGAGAAGCCAAUUCCUCGGUGUGACAAGAACCAGGCUCUACAUUCCAGGCUGUGUCUAUGGAGCGGGUUGGACACUCUGGGGUUGCUUGAGAAGAAUGCACACAUCAUCAUCUUCUCAUCCAAAGAAUCCUCCGAGCUGUUCAACUUCCAGCCAAGUUCAAGGAGCCUGAGUGAACAUUUGAUGUAAUAAAUGUGUUGUGCUUGGCGACAUAUGUGGUCACAGAAAUCCCAGUCUCCUCUGUGCUGAUUUGACCACCUUGAGACACCUGAUGGAAACCCAGAGCAGGAAGGGAACGAUCAACUGCUGAAGGAGGAAUUCUCAGGCAAGCCGAGAGCAGGCUGCUUCUCCGAGGAGUGGAUGGCUUUGUGCUACUGGGUGUGCUGUUCCCAGUGUUCCUGCAGUGACCUGGCAGAGGCACAAUGGCUUUCUUCUUGUGUGAUCUCAACUUCCAGUAGGAGAAACUGCUGUGCACAGGGGGUUGUCUUUUCCCCCCAGUAAAUGGGUUACAGCAUGUGACACAGCAUGGUCUAAUUUAGGCAUUUUCUUUUUCUCUUUCUUGGCAAGCAGAACUUCUCGAGGGCCAACUUGUCUCUUACAGCCUGGAGCUGUAGUCUAUAAAAUUGCUUUCUAUGAAAUGUGCAUCCAGUGGCAAAGCUUUACCAUGCUCCUGAGAGAUCCCAAGGGGUCUUUCUUAGGUUGUGUGUUCCCAGCAAAAUUGGAACUGGACUCAAAAGUACACCACUGACAUAAAUACUAAAAACCAUGCAUCCAUCUGAAGUCCAUGUGACAUGUAGCCCAACUAGAAUUUUUACCCAUUGGACCUGCAUUGGUAUACCCAGUAACACACAAAAACCCACUCUAUCCCUUUGGGACUAAAAUGGUUCAGUAUAAAUCAACCUGGAGAUAUUUUACAUAUUAUGUAUGUGAAUUUUGGCCAAGGGGAUAGACUCAGAAACAUUAGUCUCUUCAAACAGUCCCUAGAACUGCCAUCUCUGUAAAAAAAAAAAAUAAACACACACGCAGCUCAUUGGUAAGCAAGUUAUUUAUAUGUUUUUCUACACAAGUCAGAACAAUCCACUUUCCUGAUGGCUUAGUGCUGCUCCUUCAGCAUCUGUUAGGACAGCGAGUGUGCUGUUUGUGUACAGGCACGGAUAAAGCAACAAAAACAUGUGAAUGAAAGUGUUUUGAAUCUCUUAAAGAGUUUGGAUUUACAUCACCUCCUUGGUGACUUAUUUUUCCCAUGAGACCAUUAGACAGACUUGAACAAAUGGGUUUUGAAGAGGUAAAACCUUUUGUUCCCACUGACAGAAUUAUACAAUGGCUUAUGUGCCUGGUGCUUGGUGAGAACCAUACUGAGUAUUAACAGGGAGCUUUGCUUGAAGCCAGGGUACCCUACCAAGAAUCUUCAGGGUACAUGCUAUUAUCUGAAGUAACUGGGUAACCAGCUUACUCCAAUGCUGCUAUCCUGCACUUGUUAUUAAAGGAUGAGGCCGUGCCUCUGGAAUGGGAUGUUUCCUGAGCGAGGAACUUCCAUUCACACAUAUACAUUGAUACCUGAUAAAUGUACAGUGCACAUGUAGGUCACGUACCUUUUUAUUUACAGUUUGUACAGAAUGUAGAUGAGAACUCUGGGAAAACUUUGGCAGCCAACCCCAAUCACUUGUAAUCAUGUAUUAGAAAUUUCUUAAUAAUAAGCAUUUUUUAAAAAAAAUCCAAACACUUCUUAAAAAAGAAAGCCUGGCUUUUAUCAGUGUAUUUCACCUUGGUAUAAAUGCAAAUGUAGAUAUAUUUAAAGUGUUCAUUUGCUUUGUCUGUACAUAGCCUACUGCCUCACUACGGGCAAAGGGCAUUGAGAACUGCUCAGGGGAUCACAGGAACUCAACCGAAAUUAAAUUUUUAUAACAAGAAUGUUCACAGUGGCGAUGUCCUCCUGUAUUAGUAAGCUCUAUGGUUUGUUCCAUAAAGAAUUGUUAAAUGGAAAUGGAUUCCCAGUCACCAAAAAUGCUCUGUUCUUAGUGGAAGAGCUCUUGAAUGUGGAGUCAAAUAGAAUCAGCUACUUUUUAUUAUUUUGGGGGGAAUGGGACUUGAGAGUGGGGGUGUUUAUCAAAUGACUUUACAUAACUGGAUUUAAUCUUGUUUUCAUGUUGAAAAAAAAUUUUUUUUUCUGAAAAAAUUUGAUGACUUCUUCAAUAGCUAAGUGUAGAUGAGAUCGUCAGAAGGCAACAGGCGCAAGCUGGUAGGUCAAACGCGGGCAUCUCUGGUGCCUCAAAGGGAUUGGUACAAGCCAGUCUGGAGGCUUUGUUUCCCAAGGAGUGAGCCUGCAGUCUGGGGGGCAGGGGCUGGUGUUUUCUCUUAGGUAGUUGGCCAGUGAAAGAGUUUAACUUUGACCCACUCCACCGUCUGCCAGCUCUAUCCUUGCCUAACAAGUCACCUUCAUUGGGAAGAAGCACGGGUUUACCUAAAAAAGUUGAGAUGCUGCCACACAGUCUUUUGUGUAUUUAUGUUUCAAGGAGUAUAGUCCGUUUGAAAGAACACAUUUUUAAAAAAUCCUUCCCUGAAAUGAGAUCUGGAUGUAAUAAUGUACUAUUCAGAAAUAUUACAGGACAGGAUGGCACAAUGUCUAGCCAGUGCCUCUUCUUGGAGCUUUUUCUCUUGUCUUUAGGUAAGGGAGUGGGGAGGAAUGCCACGUAGAAGCAAAUGUUAGAAUCUUAGGCAUCCUAUUUGUACAUGCUGUGGGUAUUUGCUUUGGACUUAAAAUCCGUGCUCUGAAAGAGGCCUUUCAAGAGCAAAUCGUCUGCAGUGUGAAUGUUUUUGCCGCCUGCACCGCAGAACUCUUCAGCUAUCCAGGUUUGAAACAUCUACAUGCUUGGUUGACUGUAAGCCACUGUUGCUUCAAACCCCAAGGUUUCUUUGAAAAACCAUUCUACAUCUAAAUAUAUAUUACCUUUUAGCCUUCUCUACACAGUGCUUCCGGAAUACUUUUUGUUCAUGAAUGAAUGCCUUUAUGUGUGUAGAAUCAUGUGUAUGGUAGCUUCAAAAGUAAUUUCAGAAAUGCCUUAGAUGAAUAGUGUUUUAUCAAGUUGUCUCAAAUGAUCUCUCUGGGCUGUUACAUCUCAUGUUGACUCAUGGUCCAGGAAGUUUUGUUAUGUACUUAAGAAAUUGCUAUUGUGUUAUAUAUAUAUAUAUGUUUUUUAAUUCUUUGGGAGGAAAAUACCUGUUUCAGUCUCUCCAACCCCCAAUAAAAGUGUCUGACACUUC